AUGCAACGAGCCCACCCAGUGAAAAUCGCUCCAGCUCGGCUCAUCUGCGCACUUCAUAUCUCAGCAAAGUCGCAUCUCAUAUCAACUCCGCAGGUGGAGGCGGACGAAAGCAGGCGAGUCCGCGGCAUCGGCUUGGACGGCUCAGUGCUCGAGAUGCCGCUUCUGGCGCUGAGAAACAUCACCUUGUCCUCCGCCCGGCAUGUGACCAUCACUCCUCAUGAGCCAGGUGCUGGAGCUAACUCCCAGAAAGGGCGCCGCUCCUAUCGUUUCCGCAACACAGGUGCCCGAAUAGAGGGGCCCAUCGCCACGUUUCCAGCUGCCGUCGAUGUUGGCGUGGGCGACAUCGGCUUGUUCCAGGCGCUGCUUUCCCAGCCCCAAGAGACCAUCGGCGAUUUCGAUGGGCCGGUGGCACUUCUGGGACAGGAUUUGAUGACUCAGAUGCCGCUGCGCUAUAGUGCAGCGAGGGGUACCCUUUGGUUUCGUCACCAGUGA